UUUAAGAAUCUCUCCUGGGGCCAAAUUCUGUGUUUUGUGGGAACCUGAGAAUCAUUACCUAACAUCAGUGAAUGUGGGAAACAGAAGACUGAAAAAUGGGCAAAGACAUGAGAGAAGAUACUGAAAACCGGCCUUGAACAAAAACCCAUUAUUGAAGAAAUCCAAAGGCAGGUGAAUAAUUAUGGAUAACACAGAUGAAUAUUUGCUUAACUUUAAAGGAUAUAAUUUUGAGAAAUUGAUUACAGAUGUUGAACAUUUAGAAAUGAUGGAAGAUUUUGAAAUUAGAGAUGAUGAUGUCUUCUUAGUAACCUAUCCAAAAUCUGGUACCAUCUGGACCCAGCAGAUUCUCAGCCUGAUUUAUUUUGACGGCCACCGGAAUAGUACUGAAAACAUCGAAACAAUGGACAGAGUACCAUUCUUUGAGUACAAUAUACAUAAUUUAGACUAUGUCAAUAUGCCGUCACCUCGCAUCUUUGCUUCCCAUCUUCCAUAUUACUUAGUGCCAAAAGGUCUCAAGAAUAAAAAGACUAAAAUUCUUUAUAUUUAUAGAAAUCCCAAAGACGUUUUGAUCUCAUUUUUUCAUUUCUCAAAUUGGGUGGCUACUCUAGAAGCUACAGAAACCAUAGAACAUUAUCUGGAAAAAUUUCUAGAUGGAAAAGUUGUAGGAAGCCGUUGGUUUGAUCACAUUAGAGGCUGGUAUGAACACAGACAUGAUUUCAGUAUAAUGUUCCUGAGCUAUGAAGAUAUGAAGAAGGACCUCAGGGGCUCAGUGCUUAAAAUCUGCAGUUUUCUGGAGAAAGAACUGAAUGAAGAAGAUCUGGAUACUGUUGUGAGACAAGCUACAUUUCAGAACAUGAAAUCUGACCCGCGAGCAAAUUAUGGUAAUAUUAUAAAGAAGGAAAUUGGGGCAAGAAGCAAUGGCUAUUUCCUGCGCAAAGGUACCAUUGGAGACUGGAAGCAUCAUCUGACAGUUAAGCAGAAUGAACGAUUUGAUAUGAUAUUCAAGAAGAACAUGAAAAACUUUCCCUUGAAGUUUGUCUGGGAUAUAAAUGAAGACUAGAGUUCCAAUGUUAGUAUAAAAUAAUCAUAAAAGCCCAUUAAGCAAAAGGCUUGCUUUUCUAUCAAUUGAUAUGUUUCUGUAUCUUAAUCAUUAAAUGCCAAGCUUUAUUAAGGAACAAAAUGAGUAAACACUGCCUGGAUAAAUUGCAAUGAGUUUAAUGAAUGAUUUUAAAUUUCAAAAUUAAAUUAGUUUGGGUCCUAGUUAGCAUUGGGACUGUGCACUAAAGAAUAAAAAAAUGGUGCUUUGCAAUGUAUAAAAAUCUCUACAAAGAAUUCUCUGUAGUGGACAUUUUUGUUUCAUGUUUUAUGAUUAAAUUUUUGAUUAAGAACUGUAAAGAAAUGGCUCAGCAGUUAAGAGCAUAGACUGCUUUUCCAGAGGACUCGAGUUCAAUUCCCAGAACUGACAUGCCAGCUCACAGCUGUUUAUAAUUCCAGUCUACAAGAUCAAAUAUCCUCAUACAGAUAUGAAUGCAAGCCAAACACCAAUGGACAUAUAAGAAUUAGAAAAUAUAUUUUGUAUCAAGAAACAUCUUCCUGUUCACACAAUAAAUCUUCAACUUUUCCUGACUCAAAAAGGUGGUGGUGGGAAUAUUAGAAAUUUUAAUUUGGAAAAUUGUAACCAAGCAUUGAAAAAAUAUCAGAAUUUCAACAACAAGAAAAGAGGGAUGAAGAUGUGUUUCCCUACUCAAUAAAAUCUAAAUAUUUUGUUCAUUAUUUUUGUUUUUUGAUGAUUUUAUACUUAUACACGAUGGAUUGAUUACUAUUUUUACCAACCUUUGUAGACAAUGCACAUUAGAUUUUCUUUUGCUGUUACAUAUAAUGUUAUUGACGCUAUGAACUAAACUUUGGAUAACUACCUGGUAUAUUCAGUCACAGCUCCGGGAACCAUGCUCAUAUUAUCACACAUCUUUUGUACAACCCUGUGGCAUGUAUAUCCCUACCUUCUAGGUAGGGAACUGAAUAGUAAUACGUCUGUGGGAGCUCAUUUUUAUCCUGUAAAAUAAAAUAAAAUCAAUGAAAUCAAUAAAAUAGACAUUCUUUA